AUGGCUGCUAUGGCGCGGCGUCAACCUUCCGACGUUGUCACCUUUGCUCUCCUCCUCGCUGCUCUCCUCCCGGUUGCUCUUGCACGGAAUCCUCUUCCCGACAACAUCUAUUUUGCCGACAAUGACGUCAUCGCUCUAUUGCUCUCGUUCCACUCCCUCUCUCCCUCUCUCCAUUCACCUCGUUGCUUCCUCUUUCAGCUUUCACUCGCGUAA